AUGGCAAGUGGGAGCCAGUACUGUACCAGAGAUGUGCUGCCAUUGACAGCCAUGGUGACCAUGGAGUGCACAAAUGUAGGCCUAAACACAUUAUACAAAGCAGCCACUCUCAUAGGGAUGAGCCCUCAUGUCUUUGUGGUUUACUCUUACGGUGUUGCUGCUCUUGUUCUCCUUCCUUCACCGUUCUUCUCUCACAGAUCAGGAGUGCUUCCUCCACUUAAUUUCUCCAUCCUAUGCAAAAUUGGUCUCCUUGGGCUGAUUGGGUACACUGAUAUAUCGUCUCUGAGAAACCUUUCAUGA